AGUGUAGUGACCAUUAUUACGAAUUAUUCGACAAGUGUUACAAAUGUCAGGAUAAACAAAUAAUAGUAAUAGCUCUGAUAUUGUUAAUUUUUGUGCUCUUAUUUGUUUCGUACCUUGUGUGGAGACUGGAUAAAAGAAGAGGCGAGACAAUACGCAACGACUCUUUCGUGAUUCAUCUCAAAAUUGCCAUCAAUUUCUAUCAGGUGCUGGGCAUUCUGUCUGAAGUUAAUGAAAUACAUUGGCCAGAUUCGUUUAAAUCUGUUGGAGAGAGUGUCCAAUAUCUCGAUGUAAUACGUUUUGUCAAUAUUCUUAGCCCAAGGUGUAUUUUUCCUGGAGUUUGGAAUGCUUAUACAUUUUUGUAUAUUGCCAUUGCAACACCAUUCACUAUUAUUGUGUCAACAUCUAUCAUCUUCCUCAUCUGGCACCUUUACAAAAGAAACAAAGAGGAUCACUCUGUGCAUCGCUUAACAGACACAUUCUUGGCGAUUACAAUGAUGUUGCUGUAUUUAACCUAUGCCAACACUUGCUCAAACAUAUUGGCGGUCGGACCGUGGUCAGUUCGUACGUUUAAUGUUACAGAGGAUGGUGAUAAAAAACGAGUGUUAACUUCUGACUACUCUAUCGAUAUCGAUGAAUCAAAUGGUUCAAAAUACGAGACUAACAAGAACAUCGUUUAUGGAUCGUUGGUGUAUGUUAUUGGUUUUCCACUUGCUAUUAUUCUGAUAUUGUACCGUAGAUACAAACGUCAUGGUGAACGAUCUGGUACCAUGGGAAUGAGGUUCUUCUGCGAGCAAUAUAGUUCCAAGUUUUGGUACUGGGAGGUAAUUGAUAUGUACAACAAGGCUAUACUCGCCCUCAUCGCUAACUUCAAGGACGACCAGCCCUCCAACAUGUCAUAUUCCCUCUUCAUCACGGUCAUCCUCAUAGCAUUGCAUUUGUACCUUGAACCAUUGGAGAAGAAGUCUGAUCAGAGGUUCCAGCUGUUGGCACUUGUCUUCAUUAUCGUCAACUUGUCGGUUGGCGCAAUUGUUGACAUGGAAAAGUCCGGAGGACAUUGGUUGUACACCACAGAUGACACAAUAUCUGUGCUCCAUGACAUCACACCUUUCAUCCUUUUGCUGCUCAAUCUCUCAAUUCUGUUUGUAGUUUUUGUUGAUCUGCUUAAAAAAGUCAAGGAUAUCUUCUGGGGAAAACCGGCUAGUUUACAGGAACUCAGAAAUGUUGCACAUGACGUGGAAGACAACGAGGAUGAUCGGGAUGAACUUUCUCCAAUAGUUCAAGAUUUCGACAGCUUAUCAACCUACAAUCCCACAAUUAAUAACUAGUAGUUGUAAAAAAGCAUAUCAACGUUAUUAUCGUUUACCAUACAAUUUAGUAAUUAUAUGGUAAUGGACUUCCACUUCAAUAGCACAUAAUACAAUACAGUGCAAUGUCUAUAUGCGCUCUUUACCCAGUGUCAAGACAAGACAAAGAAUACUACAUGAAACAGGAACAGAGAAAAUUAGAAUUGUAAAAACAGAUGAGAUUUAACUCGGGACUAAAGAUGAAGAUGAUUUUAUGAAAUGGAGUAGGUCAGUUUUUUAUAACAAUAAACUAUAGAAAUACAUUAUAAUACAUGUAUACAGCCCCUAUUUGAUUUAAUAGCGAUAUCGUUUUAACUAUUUAAAGACACGUGGUUAGGUACCGCGAGCAACUUCAUUUUUCUCUACAAAGUAAUGUUAUCAUAUCUCUCUUUUAACCUAAAACUCGAAGAAUCGGUUUUUACCCAAAACCACAAAGAACCGUUCUUUAAAAGUACGGUUCUUAAGAACGGGGUUUUCUCUUCUGUAGAAAAAUUCCAAUACACGUCAUUGUUUGUUGCAGCAAGUUUUGUCCAUGUAACAGUCGGAAUGUUCAGAACGUACUGUUUAUGGUUUUAUUCUCAAUAAUCAAUUAAUUUA